CAGAGCGCAACUCAUGUUGCGUGUUUUUUUUUCUUUCAAUUUUUCAGAAUAUUCGCAAUAAAUAAGAAAAAACAAACAGCUGCAAGAAAUAUAAAACAAGCUGGAAUCUAUUUAAUGUGCAUUAUUCAUUGAACUGAAGGAGUGAAAAAUUAGAUUUUCUCUUGUUCACACUUUCACAUACGUGCGUUCUGUGAGUUCCGCCAUAUUGUUUGCUACACUACCGCCUUCUAAAGUAAAAAGGGGUUAGAAUGAAAGUAUCAUCAUUUCGUUAGACUCACUUAAUGUUCUCAUCUGUUUCCCUCCUUUUCAAGUGAAUUUACAUAGCUCUAUCGUUUAUUGAAUACUUCGCAUAAAGUGCAAACAAACCGCAUAGAUUUCAUAGUGUCUAAAUACCUAAGAAUUAUCGGUGCAUUUUCGUAUUUCACUAAUAAUCGACAUUCGUUGAAGAAUUUUGGAAUAUGGCUGCUGCUGCUGCUGCUGCUCUGCUUGAUGAGCUUAUGGGAAGAAAUAGGAACGUUCUUCCCAAUGAAAAACCCAAGGAACUUAAUUGGGAAGAUCCUGAAUUCUGCAAGUUGUAUUUAGUUAAAUUUUGUCCCCACGAUUUAUUCGUUAACACAAGAGCUGAUUUGGGCGCGUGUUCUCGAGUGCAUGAUGACGAAGCUAGGGAACUAUUUGAGAAAGCUCCCUAUUCAUAUCGGAAGCAACAGUAUGAAGAUGAGUUUAUUAGAUUUUGUCAAAGCAUGUUGAAUGAAGUUGAGAGAAAAAUCAUAAAGGGAAAACAGCGAUUAGCCCUUAUUGGAAGAACGGAAGCGCCUACUUUGACACCAGCACAAACUCAAAGAAACGAAGAACAAAUUGCACUUUUAACUGAAAAAAUUAAUAAACUAGUAGAAGAAGCAGAACAAAGUGGAAUACAAGGCAAUGUGGAACAGGCUCAAGGCCUAAUGAGAUUAUGCGAUCAAUUAAAGGAAGAACGAGAAACGCUAAGAAAAUCUAACGAUAAUAGUCACUACAAUCAGACCGCCGAAUUAGCUGCUGCGCAAGAGAAACAAAUGGAGGUAUGUGAUGUAUGUGGUGCAUUUCUUAUUGUCGGUGAUGCUCAACAACGAAUUGAUGAUCAUCUAAUGGGUAAACAACAUGUUGGUUAUGCUAGAUUAAAGAGUGCUCUUCAAGAAAUUAUGAGUAAACGUGAAAAAGCUAGAGAUGAAAAAGAACAAAGAAGGGAAGAAGAUAGAAAACAAAGAGCACGUGCCAAUGAAGAACUUGAUAGACGAAGAAGAGAUGACAGAGACAGAGAAAGAGAUAAACGUCGUAGACGCGAUGAUGAUAAAAGCAGACAUGAUUCAGGCAGUCACAGGUAUACAGUUACUUAUGCCAUUAAAUUAUUAAGUGACAAAAUACUAAUUUCUAUUACUAAUUAUAUGUAGAAAUUCAGGACAUAGAAGUAGGAGCAGAUCAAGAGACAAACACGACAGACAUCGAGAUGAUGACCACCGACGUCAUGCUCGAGAUAAAGGUAAAUAAAGAAUACACCAUUGCAAAAUUUGAACUAUUAAAAAAUACAUUUAACAUUCAGGAAAUCGUGAUCAUCGAAGCUCGAGUCAUCACAACCGACGUCGACAUCGAUCUAGAAGUCGAAGUCACAAGUAACUACUCUUGAUUGGUUAGUGAGUGAGAAGUAAGCCAGGUAUGCACUAAAUAAUAUAUCAUAUUCGUCUCAAUUACUGUACAGGUUUUUUACCAGGUAAGUUUCAUUAGAUGCACAUAAUAUAUACAUGAUAAUUAUCUGUAAUUUUGAAGAAUGGCAUAGUCACAGCGAGCCAGUCUCUGGUCCUGCCUAUUAA